UUUCUUUAAUGAAUUUAGUGCAUGGGUUCUGAUUCGUGCUUUUGGUUCAUGAGAGUCUCAGCAGGAACUGGCAAUGGUUCCUCCUAAUUCGCCCUUGAUGUAUAGGGUCAAGCUAGUAUCAUUUGUGAAGGAAAAGGAUUUUCAGGACAUGAACAAUCAAGAGAAAAUAGAAGCUGCUCCUGAGAAGAAAAGAGAAGGGAAUGCAUUGCUUGCUGCUGGGGAAGAUGCAAGGGCUUCUAAAAGAUUUAUGAAGGCUCGGGAAUUCGUAACUUCUGGUUCCUUUAGUCAUGAGGAGUACAAAAUUGUUACGAUCUUGAGGUUGGAUAUCAAUACGGACUUUAAGAAGUGCAAGACGGUAUGGGAAGGUUUUGAACAGUCAGCUAGUUGGUUUAAUAAGAUGCCGGAGCUUAAGGAGGGCACAAAAGUUUGGGACAGGCAUGUGCAGCGGCCGCAAGAGUACUACGGGGGCAUUAUUGACACAGGAGCAGAAAUUUGGGCCGAAGAUGCUCAACCCAUAUUGUCAUCAAGGCAUCUAUAG